GAAAGAAUGGAUAUAGGAAACUGUUCCUUUAAUGAAUUCAUUUUUGUUGGAGUUACCAAUAAUCCAGAGAUGAAAGAGCCGCUAUUUGCCAUAUUUCUACUCAUCUAUCUUAUCAAUGUUCUGGGAAAUCUUGGUAUGAUCAUUUUGAUCAGAAUGGAUCCCCAGCUCCACACACCCAUGUACUUUUUCCUGAGCCACCUCUCUUUCUGUGAUCUCUGCUACUCAACAGCAAUUGGUCCCAAGAUGCUGGUAGAUAUGUUUGGCAAGAACAAGUCAAUUCCCUUCUGGGGCUGUGCUCUUCAGCUCUUCAUUUUCUGUAUCUUUGCAGAUUCUGAGUGUGUACUGCUGGCAGUGAUGGCUUUUGAUAGGUACCAGGCCAUUAACAACCCCUUGCUUUACACAGCAAAUAUGUCCAGCAGGAAGUGUUUUAUGUUCAUGGCUGGAGUUUACCUGGUGGGAACAUCAGAUGCUUUGAUACAUACAACUUUGGCAUUCCGUUUGUGUUUCUGUGGGUCUAAUGAGAUCAACCACUUCUUCUGUGAUUUACCUCCACUUUACCUUCUCUCCUGCUCAGAUACUCAAGUAAAUUACCUGGCACUAUUUACUAUUUAUGGUUUCCUUGAACUGAGCACCAUCUCAGGAGUUCUUGUUUCUUACUGUUGCAUCAUCUCAACACUCCUAAAAAUCCGUUCAACUGAGGGGAGGUUCAAGGCUUUCUCCACCUGCACCUCUCACUUGACUGCAGUUGCUAUUUUUCAAGGAACUCUACUCUUCACAUAUUUUCGACCAAGUUCUUCUUAUUCCCUUGAUCAAGACAAAAUGACAUCUUUAUUUUAUACCCUUGUGAUUCCUAUGCUGAACCCACUGAUUUACAGUUUAAGGAACAAGGAUGUCAAAGAGACCUUGGGUAAAAUUAAAAGAAAAAGAUGGUUUUAA